GUACUGCGCUUCUGAUGUUUUGUAACACAUCCAGCGUGUGUGUUACCAAACGUAUUUUUCAGAAAACAAAGUAGCAUCUACAGCGGAAGUGGCUUUGAUUGAGGUAACACCAUCAUGGCUCAUACAUGCAUCCACUGGUUCCGUAAGGGACUCAGGCUGCACGAUAACCCAGCUCUGAUGGCAGCUCUGAGGGACUGUAAGGAGAUUUACCCUGUGUUUAUUCUGGACCCUUACCUCCAUAAUGACACAUGUGUGGGCAUCAACCGCUGGAGAUUCCUCAUUGGAGCUCUUAAAGACUUAGACUGCAGCCUUAAGAAACUCAACUCCAGGCUGUUUGUUUUAAGAGGAAAACCAGAGGAUGUGUUCCCAAAGUUGUUUGAUAAGUGGAAAGUGACAAAGUUGACAUAUGAGUAUGACACCGAGCCAUACAGUCUGAGUCGGGACAAAACUGUGACCAAACUGGCCAAAGAACAUGGAGUCGAAGUCAUCUAUAAAGUCUCACACACGCUCUAUGACAUAGACAGGAUAAUAGAGGAAAACAAUGGGAAGGCUCCUCUUACAUAUAACCGUAUGCAGGCCAUAGUGAACAGCCUCGGUCCUCCAAAGAGGCCUGUUCCAGCUCCAUCUGCAGAGGACAUGAAGGAUGUGAAGACCCCUUAUUCAGAGGAUCAUGAGAAGAAUUAUGGGAUUCCUACCCUGGAGGAGCUCGGUCUGGACACUUCAUCUCUGACUGAGGAACUGUUUCCAGGAGGAGAACAGGAGGCUCUGAAGAGAAUAGAUGAACACAUGACACGAACGGCUUGGGUCUGUAGCUUCGAGAAGCCCCAGACUUCUCCAAACUCUUUAAUGCCGAGCACCACUGUCCUCAGUCCAUAUGUCACUUUUGGCUGCCUGUCCGCACGAACCUUCUGGUGGAGGCUGACUGAAGUCUAUCAGGGGAAGAAGCAUUCGUCUCCUCCAGUUUCCCUGCAUGGUCAGCUGCUCUGGAGAGAGUUCUUCUACACAGCCAGUGUGGGUAUCCCCAACUUUAACAAGAUGGAGGGAAACCCUGUAUGUACUCAGGUGGACUGGGACACUAACUCUGAAUAUCUGACUGCAUGGAGAGAGGCUCGGACUGGAUUCCCAUUCAUUGAUGCCAUCAUGACUCAGCUGAGGCAGGAGGGAUGGAUCCACCAUCUGGCCAGACAUGCUGUUGCUUGCUUUCUCACCAGAGGAGAUCUUUGGAUCAGCUGGGAAGAAGGGCAAAGGGUGUUUGAGGAGCUUUUAUUGGAUGGAGACUGGGCUCUGAAUGCUGGGAACUGGCAGUGGCUCUCAGCAAGUGCCUUCUUCCACCAGUUCUUCAGAGUUUACUCACCCAUUGCAUUUGGAAAAAAGACAGACAAAAAUGGAGCUUACAUCAAGAAGUACCUUCCUCUCCUGAAGAAGUUCCCCCCAGAGUAUAUCUAUGAACCCUGGAAAGCUCCUCGCAGCAUCCAGCAAGCAGCAGGGUGCAUUGUGGGUAAAGACUACCCCCUGCCCAUUGUUCAGCAUGAAAUUAUCAGCAAAAAGAACAUUCAGAGGAUGAAGUUAGCUUAUGCCAAGAGAUCCACAGACACAGCUGAUUCACCCAGCAAAAAGAAAGGUGAGAAACGCAAGGCACCAUCUGUCGUCGACAUGCUGAAGAAGAAAGGAAAAAGAAAUUAGAAAAUAGCCUACUCAUAAAUAACAAAACAUGUAAGAACUGAAUCUGUUUUUCUGUAUUUAGAGUUACGUGAGGGAGGGUAGUGAAGAUUCUGACCCUGGGUGAAGUUAAGAUUUGUAAACAUUGAUGUUGUCUCUUUCUGUUAAAGAUCGCAGCCUGUUUGGACAAUGUUUGUCCCCCUCAUAGGACAUUCAUUGCUUUUUUAAAGACUACUUUUGGAUGUUUGUAUUCAAUCCAAAUGCCUUUUUAUUCUGAAUAAAUACCAAAAAUUAGGUA